GGAACCAAACAUGCAAACACGCGAGAAUCUACUGGAUCGACUAUUUGGACUUGUAUGGUAUGGGCAUCGUUGGUCGCUCAAUUUUACAAAGAGCAAUAAAAGUGAACGUUCGGAUGUAUUAUCUCCACCUGGUUACAAUUCCAACCAUGGUUAUAUCCAAAACGAAGGUAGCCGUGAAGUGGAUAAUAAUCUGAUUGUCAAAAAAUCUUGGGAAAUAGCGUUAGCACCAUUGAAACAAAUUCCAAUGAAUCUGUUCAUCAUGUACAUGGCCGGUAAUUCUAUUUCAAUUUUACCAAUCAUGAUGGUUGGUAUGCUUUUCCUGGGACCAAUUAAAGCUAUAUUCAGCUUCAAUAAAACAUUCAAAUUAAUUGAAGGAAACCAAGCAAUCAUGCAAAAAUUGAUCUACAUUAUCGGCAAUUUAGCUGGAAUUGCUUUAGCACUUUAUAAAUGUAAAUCAAUGGGCUUGCUUCCCACACAUCCAUCAGAUUGGUUGGAUUUUGUCGAACCACCACAACGAAUCGAAUUUUCCGGUGGUGGUCUUAUUACUUAAUUUGUUUGUUUAUAAUUUGAUUUUGUGUUAAUAAUGUUUUUUUGAACGCAAAUAAAAACUGCAAACAACGUGUAUGGAUUUAA